CUCCAUGAAACGAGAAACAACAACUGGGUGGUUAUAGAAUAGCAAAUUAAACUACCUUAUUUCAAGCUCCAAGCUCCAUUAUGUGACCUACUAUUCCAACCUUCAUCAAUUUCUGCAUUUUUCUUACUUCACUCUACACUCUUCUCUUCAUCCGAUAUCCUCGUCGCCGUGUUAGUCAGCUGAUUAUAGCAGUGCAGUACAUAGCUAUAUCGCGCGCAAGUAAUCUAAAUCGAUCUAGCAAACCAAGCUUCGUGCCAUUUCGACUAGUGACAUACUCUACUCGUUUAUCCGAUCACGUAUUCCUUUCGCUUCCGCGACCUAUUGCAAACAAUUUUCUUUUGCGCGAGCCAUUUCUUUCCCAAAAAUCCUGGAUUUACGGUAGUCUAAUUACCUCGGCAUCUCACAGCCUCUUCUUCGCGAGCGGCCUUUUAACUCCGUCCCAUUAUAUCGUCGUCUUGGCAGUGACGUGCGUCGCACGCAGUUGGGUUUUAUUUAGGGUGCGCGAUGACGAUGUCGAAGCGCACGACGUUCACGACGAUCUCGCCGCUGCCGCCGGGCAUCACGCGCGAGGUCGUCAUCAGCUUCCUGCACAGCCACGUCGAGAUGAUCGACCUGAACCCGCUCGUGAUCGAGCGGCACCCGAUCUCGCCGCCGCCGCACGCGGCCCCCGAGGAGCGCCGGUGCGUGUGGUGGAGCCUGACGGACAAGAUCUCGUACCUGCCCGGCGGCGUCGUCUCGGGCGACAUCACGUACACCGCCGCCUUCAACGACCUGCCGAACGGCGUCCAGACGCACAUCUACGCCCCCAUGAGCACCGACAUCCGCGAGCGCUGGAGCCUGAACGGGACCCUGCCCGGCGAGCCCCCCGAGCCGGUCGAGCUGGGGAUCGGCGCGCCGAGGCAGGGGCUCUAUUUGCGCGAGGACGUCGAUCUAAGAUGCAACUUCGUAAUGUCCUCCUUCGUCAAGAAGACGCUAAAGAAAGCGCACGGAACCCUAGUAGAAAAACUGCUAGAAAAGGCCGCCGCCUCGGCCCCAGCGAAGCCGCUCCCCCAGGUCCCCGUCGCGAGCCACCAGCACACGGGGUCGAGCGCGCAUAGCGGGAGCGGGAGCGGGAGCGCGCGUUCUAAUCGCUCUUCCGCGGGCCACGCUUACCCGCCGGCGCCGUAUCAGCGGCACUCGCACUCGCACUCGCGGCAGGGGUCUAAUUCGCAUGGCCAGGGUCACGUAUCGCCGCCGCCGCCGGGUAGGUCGUCGCCGUACGACCGUAGGAGUGGGAGUGGGAGUGGGGUUGGGAGUGUUACGAAUCCAGCGGCGCCGUUGAGCGUGGAUGUCGGCGCUGCGAACGGUAGUUUCAUGCCCGAGCCGCUGCGCGUGAACCGCAGUCGCGCGCCGUAUCACUCCGGGCUGGAGGUCGUGGCGCCGCUACAGCAACAGCAGCGCCAGACGCUGAAUGGGGGGUGGUCGGCCGAGAAGCCAAGGUUCGGACAGCAGCAGGUUCCGAGGCCGGGCGACGGGGGCGGGUUUCGUGCGGAGUUGGAGUGAUGGGUGGGUUCGGAUAGAAGGCCACGCUAUUUCGUUUAGGUGUACCUAUGGUUUAUCGGGUUUUUGUUUUUUUCUACGUUCAUGCAUCGAGGUCCGGAGUACCCGCGUUCGAG